AUGCAUCGGAACGGAGGUGUGCUAGGUGUCGUAGACGGACCAAACCUUCUCUCAAUAUACAGUAGUCCAGGCAAACCCAUCCCAAACGGUGCUCAACUUGGGCUACCGCAGCUGUUUAACCCGGGCAGCGAAGAGCAGUUCUCGCUGAUCAAACAGUGUAUUUCACGCUGUGAUUCUAUUCAUAGAAUCUGCCGUCCACCACCUGAGAACGGCCCGGGUGAGUGUGACGACUUGCCCAUGCCAACGAGGCUUUUGGAGCUUGGCAACUCUCCACGCCUUGUGGACUCUAGAGUGAUUGGACUACAGCGAUAUGUGGCACUCAGUCACUGUUGGGGAAACCUCAGCGAGACUGAGAAGUUCUGUACUUACAGACAUAAUCUUGCUGACCUCCAACAACACAUUGAUGUUCCAAGUCUACCACCGACCUUUCGGGAUGCUGUCUCUGUAUCGCUCGGGAUCGACAUAAAAUACCUUUGGAUUGACUCGCUUUGCAUAGUCCAGGAUGACAAAGAAGACUGGGAAUACGAAUCAGUCAGGAUGGAACAAGUAUUCAGCGGUGCGUAUUGCACCAUUGCCGCCGGGUCUGCUGGAUCCUCGCUAAUGGGCUUUCUUCAUAAUCGCCAACCCCGAGACUGUAUCCAACUCUCGACUUCCGAUGACCAAACUCUCUAUAUAUGCCCCAACAUUGACGACUUUCACCGCGAUGUUGAACUUGGAGAGCUCAACAAACGCGGUUGGGUGCUUCAAGAGAGGGCAUUAUCCCGGCGCACCAUCUUCUUCACCUCCACGCAGGUGUAUUUUGAGUGUGGUGCUGGAGUUUACUGCGAGACGUUGACCUGGCUUCGAAAUCCAAUGGCCGCGUUCCUCGGUGAUCCCAACUUUCCAGAUUCCGCGUUGAAGUACUACCGUGAUGGGCGACAGAUGCUUAUACAGGAUCUCUACGAGAGAUACUCUAACCUGGCCUUCACCAAAAAGUCCGACCGUGCGGUGGCGAUUCUCGGCUUGCAAGCUCGACUGUCCAAGGCAUUCAAGACAAAAGCUGCAUAUGGCUUCUUCCCGCUGUACUUCCCGCGCCUUCUAUUGUGGAAGCGAGGCGAGAACCGUCCCAUGGUGCGUAUUCAACAGCCACUACGCAGUCGCUACUAUGUGCCGACGUGGUCUUGGUUUUCGAAAGACGGUCCCAUCAAGUACAUGAAACUGCAGUUCCAGGAAAUUGAGUGGGCAACUAGUGAUUUCUCGAACCCAUUUAAGCAUAGCAUUGGCCAUGAAGCAGCAGGUGAGAGUUAUGAACACGCGGCAGCCUCAAUGCUGCGUGUGCUGGCAAGAGACGUGAGCGUUACAAAAUCGGAUCUUUCGGCCAAAGUUACAUUCGAUGAGGCCCAAGAAUAUGACAUGGACGACUUGAAGUGCGUUGUUAUUGGACGGGAUAGGGCAAGCGGAAGCCAACAGGAUCGAAAACUUCAUGUUUUGAUCAUUAAUUUGAUCAGAGUGCUAGAUGAGAGCUUUUAUGAGAGAGUCGGGGUGGCAUCCCUGAAUUCUGAGGAGGUGGCGAGAGAAGGAACCUGGUCGUGA